UUGACAUUCUCUUUGGAAUGUAUUUGUUUAGUUUGUAAUUUGAGCCACAUCUAAAAGAAAAAAUCCUAUAUUAUUUCUAAAAAAUGUCUGACGACGAAUUCGAAGAAGCCCUUAGCUGGGAGCACAUCGAUGACAGCCAGGGCAAUAAUGUCGAUGCCUCUGUGGUGCCUCUGGAUCCCUCCGAAGAUGCCCAGUUCUCGGAGCAACAGUACAAGAAUAUCCAGGAUCGACUGACACGCAUCAAUAAACGUAUUAUAAUGGCCAACACUGCCCUAUCCCAGCUGCAGGAAAAAAUCAGGUCCAGAGUUUCGCAGACUCCAGAAUUGCCAGUCGCUGCUGAUACUUUAGCCGGAGGCGAUAAUCCAUUUCGAGCCGAAGAAACUGAGCCUACUGAAGUCGGUGAAGAGAGCAUCAACUAAUGAUUCAAAUUGUAAAAAAUCCAAACACACACAUACUGAAUUUGGUGGCUGUGAUCCUCUAAGCACAUUUGUUUGAUUUGAUUUGUUGCUAAUUAAAAAUUGCCAUGGAGCUAA